AAAAAUUCGGUUUUUUUUUUGUUCAUUCUGUGACGCUGGUUUGUGUAAUUUCCCGGCAACGGAGGAGGAAGAGUGUAAGCAAGAAAUUACUCUUCUUCUACGAAACAGAAACACAUCUCUCUCUUUGCUUCUUCGAUUCUCUUCCUCUUUAGUUUGAUCAAAAGCUUUCCUUUCUUCUUUUUUAAGUUUGUUCAUGGUUUCCUCCAUCGCAGUUGGUGACGCCAAAAAGAUGGAGUUAGAAUCCAAGGAAUCACUAUCUGCUGACAUGCCAUCUUUGCUGAGAAGAUCAUCUGAAGCUUUUAAAGGAGGCAGUGGAUAUCGUUCUGCAAGUGAUCUGAGCAUGUUCUCUAGUUCAUUGCCUACACUUUUUCAUGAAAAGCUGAAUAUGACUGAUUCAGAUAGCUGGCUCUCACUUGAUGACAACUCACCAAAUCUAAACAAACUCGUUAUAGGAAACUCAGAGAAGGAUUCUCUGGAAGAUGUUGAGCCUCAUUCUCUAGAAACCUUGCUUCCUGAGGAUGAAAAUGGGCUCCUACCAGGCCUCAUUGAUGAGCUUAAUUUCAACGGCCUGCCUGAUGAACUUGAUGAUCUCGAUGUUUUCUGCACUGGUGGGGGUAUGGAACUGGAUGCUGAAUCCCAAGAUAAUCCUGUUGGUGCUGCAAAUGCAUUUGUUACUCGUAAACGCCCCAAUACAUCUGUUGGCAGAGUAUCAGUAGAGCAUCCAAACGGUGAACAUCCUUCAAGGACAUUAUUUGUGAGGAAUAUCAACAGCAGUAUCGAUGACUCUGAGCUAAGCGCUCUCUUUGAGCCGUUUGGGGAGAUCAGGAGUUUGUACACAGCAUGCAAAAGCAGGGGUUUUGUAAUGAUAUCUUACUAUGAUAUCCGAGCUGCACAUGCUGCAAUGCGUGCACUGCAGAACACUCUCUUAAGAAAAAGGACACUGGACAUUCACUUUUCCAUUCCUAAAGAGAAUCCGUCAGAGAAGGAUAUGAAUCAAGGGACUCUUGUGAUUUUUAAUGUAGACUCAACAGUAUCAAAUGAUGAGCUCCUUAAGCUGUUCGGUGCCUAUGGUGAAAUAAGAGAGAUUAGAGAAACUCCAAAUAGGCGAUUCCACAGGUUCAUUGAGUACUAUGAUGUUAGAGAUGCAGAGGCAGCUCUAAAAGUACUGAACAGAAGUGAGAUAGGUGGAAAAUGUAUAAAGCUCGAACUUAGCCGUCCUGGAGGAGCCCGUCGAGUCUCGGUCCCUUCAACAAGUCAAGAUUUGGACAGACACGAAGUUACAAGUUUCUUAGCUUCACAGGUUGCCAAUUCUCCACCAGGUAACUGGCCCAUUGGCACCCCCUUGAAGGGCUCUCCUACUCAUGCAUUUCCGAGGCCACACGGUCUAGGAAUCAUCAGGCCAUUUAACCGAGAUAACAUGCCUGGAUUAGCUUCAGUUCUCCCUGGUCAGACCUCUAGCUUUCAUGGAUUUUCACCAGUCAGUAGUGAACAAGGGCUAUUGAAUCAUCCAAACCAAACUAUUCUGAAUAAGGGUUUGAUGCAUAACGUUCCUUUUGGGCAACCUCAUUCGUUGCCUGAGCAUAUUGGAGGAGGCAUUUCCAACUCUAUGAGGUUUAUAACUCCACACUCAGGAUUUGGGACUUCAUCUGAUAACCGUUAUCGCUGGGGAAGCCCUCCUCAGCAUAUGAACUACCCUGGUUACACUGGAGCGUCAUCGUCCUCAUCAUCAACCUCUGCUGAACGUCCUUUUGCUGUUAGGCAUGGUUUUCCAUUCGCUGACAGGCAAGUUUCUUUGCUUGGGAAGUACCAGCAUCAUGUGGGCUCUGCUCCUUCAAGCACUCAUUUUAACACCCAUAUGAAUAGCUACACUGGUUCACCAGAGGCAUCCUCUUUGAUACCCUUUGGAUUUGGUGAUAUGGGAAUCAGCAAAAGCUAUAUCAAUCCUCAUGGAAAAGGGAACAAUAACUUUGGCAUGUCCUCACUGCAUACAGUUCCUUUUGGUGGGAGUAGAGGAUUACAAUCAAUAAGACAUGAACCUUUUACAGAGCAAGGUAGGAUCCAACACAUAGAUGGUGGUCAAUAUCAUAUUGACUUGGAUAGAAUUGCUACUGGGGAUGAUAUUCGGACUACAUUAAUCAUCAAAAACAUCCCAAACAAGUAUACGUACAAGAUGCUGGUGGCUGAAAUUGACGAGAAGCACAAGGGAGACUAUGACUUUCUGUGCUUACCUAUAGAUUUUAAGAACAAGUGCAACAUGGGUCACGCUUUUGUCAACAUGGUCUCUCCAUUGCACAUCGUGCCCUUUCAACAGACCUUCAAUGGUAAGAUAUGGGAGAAAUUCAACAGUGGGAAAGUAGCUUCAUUGGCAUAUGCAGAGAUCCAAGGAAAGUCAGCUCUUGCUUCAUACAUGCAGAAUCCAAGUUCUGCGAAAGAAGAAAAGCAAUUGUUUCAAGAAGUCUCCCACCACAAUGAUGAGAGUCAAGACUCCAAGGAUCAGGACCAACUAUUUUCAAGCAUUUGGAACAUAACCACGCCUGAUUCAGAUUGGUCUUACACAAUGGAUGUUAAGAACAUUAACUCCAAGAACAUUGCACAAGAGUCUUCCUUAACCCCAAGCCAGUAAGCUGGGAACUUUAACCCACUAUCAAAGGUAAAAGUGUACAGAUCGGGCGGUGAUAUGGAAGAAACAUAUGUAUAGUAUCAAGUCUUGUAUCUUCCUCGCAACAGAGUUAGCAGGUUUUUAGGGAUUACACGGAAAAAAAAAACAUCCCUUUUAGUACAUUACGUUAUUAUAAACACUUUAUGUUGGAAACUUCUCUGUCAGUAAUGUAUAUAUAUGUAUCGUUCUCUUACGUGUGUACAUCCUCGUGUCCAUCUGAAAAAACAUGAUCAGUGUUUAGUUGUUUCACUACAACAAACUCGCUAUAUGUCUC